AUGCUGCAAUGGUGGCCGGCUGGCACUGCAGCCGCUAGGGGGUCAGAUGGGCCUGGGCACCAGGCAGAGCUCGGCAGCCGGGCGGCAGAGGCACUGAGGGGGCACUGCUCCUGCAGCCGGGCUGGGCUUGGGGGAUGGCACCUCCGCCCACAGCUUCUGCAGGGCUGGACUGCCACUCCUCCUGCUACGAUGCCUGGGCAGUUCCCGGACCCUUCCAGGACUGCGGUCUCUCUGCCAGGGCUUGGCCCCCUGACCAGACUCCCAGGCUCGGCCCUGACAGCAGAGGAGCUGCAAUACGCUGACAGCCGCAACACUGGGGCCAGGAUCGCCCCUUCGCACUUCCUGGAGGUGAAACUGGGCAAGAGGCCUCAACCUGUGAGAAGUGAGCUAGUUGAGGAUGAGGAGCAGAGGAAAAGGCGCCGGGGACAGAACAAAGUGGUGGCAGCCCGAUGCCGGAACAAGAAGAAGGAGCGAAUGGAAUUUCUGCAGCGGGAAUCUGAGUGGCUGGAGCUCAUGAAUACGGAGCUGAAAACCCAGAUGGAGGAGCUGAAGCAGGAGCGGCAGCUGCUCAUCCUGAUGCUCAACCGGCAUCGCCCCACCUGCAUCGUCAGGACCAACAGCAUUAAGACCCCCGACUCAGAAGGCAACCCACUGCUGGAGAAGCUGGAGAAGUGA